AUGCCUCGUAAUGCGCAUUACGGGAGUCCGGCUACGGCAAACGAAGGCCUUCUACGGGACUUACGCACAUGCCUCUUAAGGCGCAUUACGGGAGUCCGGCUACGGCAAACGAAGGCCUUCGACAAAAUUACGCACUUUACGCACUUACCUUCUAAGGCGCAUUACGGGAUACGGCCCGUCCUCGCCACGGGGGCCACCGGACGAGCCGGUGGGGUCCCCGCGGGGGUUGGGUCGCAGGCCUGGGCACCGGGAACCACUUGGGGCUGGGCACCGUCAGAGCCGGGACAGGGGGCGGAGUUCUCAAGCGAUUUCAGAAGCCAUACGUCUGAGAUCGUCAGGCGUCCAUCGGACGUAGGUGCGGGCGUUCGAGCGAUAUGGGCGUCGCGCCGUCUUUUUAGCUCAUUCCACUGGGACAAAAAUUUGGUUACCGCCAGUCGAGGCGGGGGCGUGUCGAGGCCAGGUUUUACGGGAACAACCAAUAAUAUACGAUCAGAGUGGGAUGGCGACCCCACAAAGACCGGCGCAUUUUGGAAGCGCGGACACCCCCCACAUUUAAUGUCUGCGGAUGACGUCUGGACUCUUAGCCAGCCGAGGGCUAGCACUGGGCAGAAAUCACAUCGUGUCUGUACGGGUCGACCGGCCACACGAUGCUUUGUUUUAAUUGAACAGUCGGAUUCCCCGGUCCGUACCAGUUCCGAGUUGACCGUUCGCUGCCGGACGAACGCCCCCCCACGCCGAGAGACGCUGAGCAACGGGCUUGACGGGAGCGCGAACCGCCUGCGCGCGAACGCAGGGGCUGGAAGCCGUGGCGCUCCACGAAGACCCGGGCGAGGAGCCGUUUUGCUCGCCGGCCGACGCGCCGGUAGCGACGGGGUGGCGCCGCGAGCGGAGACCCGUAGCGCAUGCGACACGCGAAAGAGGACAGAGAAGGGAGCGGAAGACGACGAGCACAGACGACCCGAUAUGAGUCACCGCCAGAUGCACGAACGCGAGCGCCCGUCACACCGACCCGAAAACGCCGAACACCGCCGACCGAGACCGCCUAGCCCGACCCGGCGAACCCCGACCACGACCGCGACGCCGAAGGACCACUACGACACUUUGAACCCGCGCCGCAAAGCGCGAACGGAGCGAACGCUACAGCCCCGUACCGGUUCCUCGCUUCACACGGGCACGGCCCGACCGACCCAGUCCUCGGAGCCAAUCCUUCUUCCGAAGACCUGCGCGGAUGGUGGGUACGGACCGACUCGAGCUGCGAAAACCGGACCCGGAUUUUCCAGGGCCGCCAGCGACCGGACGCCGCCCGAGCCGCGGCGCUCUACAGGUAGGUUUUCCGUAUCUCCGGACGAGCCGAUUCCACGGACACGGUCCUUUACGAAGAAGAACUCUUCCGGGGCUCUCGGCGACGUCUCCGGGCUCGCUUGCGUCACCGCGGUUUCGCCCGAAGCGACGAGACGCCACCGACAUCGCUGCCAGCAGCGCCGCCGAGAGGCACUCUCCCCCACCGGGUUCGGGAAUAUUAACCCGAUUCCCUUUCGACGGAAGGCCGGCCGUUCGUCAUUCGCGGCGUUUUGUUUGAGGACAACAAAGAGACUUACGGAUCCGGCGCCUUUCCCCGGAAGACUUUCGCCUGCGUCUCAUUCGAUUAUUUGCUACUACCACCAAGAUCUGCACCCGCGGUCGGCUCCACCGGGCUCGCGCCCUAGGCUUCCGUGCUCACCGCGGCGCCCUCCUACUCGUCGCGGCAUCGGUCAGGCGCGCGCAUCGUUUUCGUCAGCGCAAGCGCUCCUCGCCGCGACGGUCCGGCAUCGGUCCGUCGCUCCAGCGCCAUCCAUUUUCGGGGCCGCGGAUUCCGACUUCCGUGGCCACCGUCCUGCUGUCUAUAUCGACCGACACCCUUUCGGGGAUCUCAUGGGCGUCGCGUUAGGCACCUUAGCCGGACGUUUGGUUCAUCCCACAGCGCCAGUUCUGCUUACCAAAAGUGGCCCACUUGGCACUCGCAUUCGUUUCUGCCGCCGUCGAGACGACGAAGGCGGCAGAGAAGUGGGACGGCUCCGUAUUCGGGAGAGUCGACCCGUUCCACCCGUUCCGAGUUCGAGAGUAGGUCGAGGCCGUGAACGUCCCCGGGGCCUCCAGUCGUUCGCUUUACCGGAUGGAAUUGCGAAGAUCGAACGCCAGCUAUCCUGA